AAAAUGGAACCUUGUUCCUGUGACACUUUUGUGGCACUACCUCCAGCAACGGUUAAUAACAGGAUUAUUUUUGGAAAAAAUUCAGAUAGACCCUGUGAUGAAGUACAGGAGGUAGUUUAUUUUCCUGCUGCAGUUCAUGACAACCUGAAGGAACAUCUUAAGUGUACUUACAUAGAAAUUGAUCAAGUUCCUGAAACAUAUGCUAUUGUCCUUAGUCGCCCAGCUUGGUUAUGGGGGGCAGAAAUGGGAGCCAAUGAGCAUGGAGUUUGCAUUGGGAAUGAAGCUGUAUGGGGAAGAGAAGAAGUUCGUGAUGAAGAGGCACUACUAGGCAUGGACCUUGUCAGACUUGGUCUUGAAAGAGCUGAUACAGCUGAAAAAGCCCUCAGUGUCAUUGUUGAUUUAUUAGAAAAAUAUGGCCAGGGUGGAAAUUGUUCAGAGGGCAGUAUCGUAUUUAGCUAUCACAACAGUUUCCUGAUAGCUGAUAGGAAUGAAGCCUGGGUUCUGGAGACUGCAGGGAAGUACUGGGCAGCAGAAAAAGUACAAGAGGGAGUUCGUAAUAUUUCCAAUCAGCUUUCUAUAACAACCAAGAUUGAUCGGGAACACCCAGACAUGAGAAGCUAUGCUAAGCAGAAGGGUUGGUGGGAUGGUAAAAAGGAGUUUGAUUUUGCUGCAACAUACUCUUAUCUUGACACAGCCAAGAUGAUGAUUUCUCCAGGCAGAUACUGUGAAGGCUACAAGCUUCUGAAUAAACAUAAAGGAAACAUAACCUUUGAAACAAUGAUGGAAAUUCUCCGAGAUAAACCAAGUGGCAUUAAUAUGGAGGGAGAAUUCCUGACCACUGCAAGCAUGGUUUCUAUUUUACCUCAAGACUCCAACGUUCCUUGCAUCCACUUUCUUACAGGGACUCCUGAUCCUGAGAGAUCUGUUUUUAAGCCUUUCAUAUUUGUACCAAAUAUUUCACAACUAUUGGACACCAGUUCACCCACAUUUGAAGAUUCAGUUAAAAAGAAGCCACGGUUUAACAUAAAGCCUGACAGAAGACACCCACUCUACCAAAAACAUCAACAGGCCUUGGAAAUACUAGAUAAUAAGGAGCAGUCAAUGAGAGUUCCUAUUGUUCCACAUCCUCGCCAACAUUUGUUGUCAGUGUUCUGGAUUUGGGCCAUUCUAAUAGCCAUGUGGCUGACAGGGUUUUGGUGCUCCAGCCAUGUGUCAGGCCUGAGCCUCUGAGUUGGGAGAGAGACCUCCUGGCUCCAAGUAAUAUCAACCGGCAAAAGCUCUCCCAGAGAUCUCCAUCUCAACACUAAAACCCAGUUCCACUCAACGACCAGCCAAACAACUAGCAAGACAGGAACACAACCCCACCCAUUAGCAGAGAGGCUGCCUAAAAUAAAUCAUAAUGUCACAGAUACCCCCAAACACACCACCGGAUGUGAUCCUGCCCACCAGAAAGACAAGUCCAGCCUCAUCCACCAGAACACAGGCACCAGUCCCCUCCACCAGAGAGCCUACACAACCCCCUGAACCAACCUUACCCACUGGGGGAAAACACCAAAAGCAAUGGGAACUAUGAACCUGCAACCUGUGAAAAGGAGACCCCAAACACAGUAAGUUAAGCAAAAUGAGAAGACAAAAGUACACAGCAGAUGAAGAAGCAAGGUAAAAACCCACCAGACCAAACAAAUGAAGAGGAAAUAGGCAGUCUACCUGAAAAAGGAUUCAGAGUAAUGAUAGUAAAGAUGAUCCAAAAUCUUGGAAAUAGAAUGGAGAAAAUAUAAGAAACAUUUAACAAGGACCUAGAAGAAUUAAGAGCAAACAAACAAUGAUGAACAACACAAUAAGUGAAAUUUAAAAUUCUCUAGAAGGAAUCAGCAGAAUAACAGGCAGAAUAAUGGAUAAGUGACCUACAAGAUAAAAUAGUGGAAAUAACUACCACAGAGCAGAAUAAAGAAAAAAGAAUGAAAAGAAUUGAGGACAGUCUCAGAGAUCUCUGGGACAUUAAAUGCACCAACAUUCA